UCUGCACGAUCGGCACGAACAAUCCAAACAGGAUCUUAAAGGUCUUGAGGAGACUGUGGCACGAGAACUCCAGACUCUACAUAACCUACGCAAACUUUUUGUUCAAGACCUCACGACCAGGGUCAGAAAAAGCACAGAGAUGGAACCCGAAGACAGCGGGGGGAGCGUCUCCCAGAAACAGAAGAUCUCAUUUCUUGAGAACAACUUGGAUCAGCUUACAAAGGUUCACAAACAGGUGAUGCGUUGGCACAAUCAGCUGGUUCGUGAUAAUGCAGAUCUUCGCUGUGAGCUCCCUAAGCUGGAGAAACGACUUCGAGCUACAGCUGACCGGGUCAAGGCGCUGGAGGGUGCACUGAAGGAGGCUAAGGAGGGUGCCAUGAAAGACCGUCGGCGCUACCAGCUGGAGGUCGACCGCAUCAAGGAGGUCGUGCGCUCAAAAAACACUCCACGGCGUUCGCACUCCGCCCAGAUCGCCAAACCAGUACGUCCGGGAUAUCACGCAGCCUGCUCCCCAGUCAGCACCCACGGGCUCCACCACCCAAAUACCUGCACCUACAGCAACACACUCUUUCAGACCUGCCACCCCAUGUAUGUACCAGGACUGGUGGAUCACACCGGAGACAAAUACGCUCCAAGUGGCAGCUGUUCGAGUGGGUCAGUGUCAUCCGGAGACAGCUUCCGUGUGUGCCCCAGACAGAUGUCGGACAACGGCAAUGCAACUGACAUCAAUGAUAACAGGAGUGAAUCCCACUGUGGCUGUGAAGCUGAAGAACAAUCCAAUGUCUAUGUCUUCCAGCAGGAGACAGCAGCAAGUUAAUACUAGCGUCCUGGAUCCAGGU